UCCACAUUUCUCGCGGAGAUUGGCCGGGAGGGAUCACGAUGUCCGACAAGAGCAAGAUUCUCAUAAUCGGAGGCACCGGCUACAUCGGAAAAUUCAUCGUAGCUGCUAGCGCCAGGUUAGGUCACCCUACCUUCGCUCUCAUCAGAGAAUCCACUGUUUCUAAUCCUUCAAAGUCGGGAAUCAUCGAGAGUUUCAAGAGCUCCGGCGUUAGUUUGGUCUAUGGAGAUCUAUACGAUCACGAGAGUUUGGUGAAGGCGAUUAAGCAAGUGGAUGUGGUCAUCUCGACCGUUGGUCGCGCACAGUUGUCGGAUCAAGUCAAGAUCAUUGCUGCCAUCAAAGAAGCUGGAAAUGUCAAGAGAUUCUUCCCAUCAGAGUUUGGAAAUGAUGUGGACCGUGUCCAUGCGGUUGGGCCAGCAAAAACAGCAUUUGAGAUAAAGGCUCAAAUCCGCCGAACUAUUGAGGCUGAAGGAAUUCCCUACACCUAUGUGUCCUCCAACUUCUUUGCUGGCUUUUUCCUUCCUACAUUAUCACAGCCUGGAGCCACCGCUCCCCCCAGGGAUAAAGUUAUUAUUUUGGGAGAUGGGAAUCCAAAAGCUGUUUUUAACAAGGAGGAUGACAUUGGCACCUAUACUAUUAAAGCUGCGGAUGAUCCUAGAGCCUUGAACAAAAUCCUUUACAUCAGGCCUCCUCAGAACACCUACUCAUUCAACGAAAUUCUCUCCUUAUGGGAAAAGAAGAUUGGAAAAACCCUUGAGAAGAUUUAUGUUCCAGAGGAGCAAGUUCUGAAGAACAUCCAAGAAGCCUCUUUUCCACUCAAUGUGAUAUUAUCUAUCAGUCACUCUGUUUUCAUUAAGGGAGACCACACCAACUUUGAGAUCAAGCCAUCAUUUGGAGUGGAGGCUUCAGAGCUAUAUCCCGAUGUCAAAUACACAACUGUGGAUGAGUACCUUGACCAGUUUGUGUGAGAGGUAAUUUCUGGUCCUGCUAGUUUUCAUUGUCAUGUUGCACCAUCUAAAUAAGCAAGCAUGUGUGGCCUCCUUGUCUAUGCCAUUGAGCAUAUUCUGUAGUCACUCUGUAUCUUAU